CUCUCACCUUCAUAUUCCACUUGUUUCAUUUUCUCUCUCUAUCUCCUCUGUUUCAUACUAACAUUUCAACUCCAAAAAAACCAUAUUACAAUUCAAAGGAAGAAACUUUGGUGUUCUAUCUCAAAUACCCACUUCACAAAAUUUACAUUUUAAUUCUAAAAAAACCAUAUAGUAUACAUUUCAAAGGAAGAAACUUUUGAAUUCUAUCUCAAAUACCCACUUCACAAAAUUUACAUUUCAAUUCCAAAAAAAUUUAUACAAUUCAAAGGAAGAAACUUUGGGUUCUAUCUCAAAUACCCACUUCACAAAAGUUACAUUUCAACUCCAAAAAAACCAUAUAUUCAAAGGAAGAAACUUUGGUGUUCUAUCUCAAAUACCCACUUCAAAAAUUUACAUUUCAAUUCCAAAAAAAAUUUCUACAAUUCAAAGGAAGAAACUUUGGAUUCUAUCUUAAAUACCCACUUCACAAAAGUUACAUUUCAACUCCAAAAAAACCAUAUAUUCAAAGGAAGAAACUUUGGAGUUCUAUCUCAAAUACCCACUUCACAAAAUUUAUCAAAUUAUCACUUCAAUAGUUCAUUCAAAUUUCUCCUAAAAAAUUUGUUGAAUUUUUCAGCAAAUUUUAUCAAAAAUGAUGAUGAGAGGAAGAAACAGAGGAUUCAAAUUGGGUCGGAAAUUAAUCAAAGUAUUCAGAUGGGUUACACGAAAAAAGGGAAAUUCAAUGAAAUAUGAGAAAUUGGGUGGUUUAAACGAGGGAAAAAACAAGACUUUAACAAAAAUAUGCAGCUGGGGUAGAAAGAUUCAACGCGGCCUGUUCAACUCAGUGACAACUCGGGACUAUUCCCGAGUUGUUCAUGACUCGUUGAUUGACUCAAAACCAACUCAUAUACCUAAGGGACACCUGGCAGUACACGUGGAGGAGCCAGAAGGUGACACGCGGCGUGUUUUGGUGCCUGUUAUCUUCCUUAAUCAUCCUUUAUUUGGGAAGUUAUUAGAGGAAGCUGAGAAUGUUUAUGGGUAUGAUCAUCCGGGUCAAAUCACUAUACCUUGUCCCAUAUCGGAGUUUGAGAAUGUUCAGACAAGGAUUGCUGCCGGAAAAGGAAAAUGCCGGCCUCGAAUUCACCGGCUUCGUCAUUUAAAUGACGUACAAUGUCUGUGACGACUAUGAUUGAUUUGGGAGUACACUGACGAGAAUGAUACUCGAGAGUGUAGUUUUUACAAAAUAUUGUUGAUGUAAAGUAUUGUCAUCCCCUUCAACAAUCAAAUAUUUGGUCAUGGUUAUGGGGGUGUUUAGUCUCACUAGGUUUGUUAUUGUAAUUUUUGUUUUCUUUGUUGAGAUAGGUGUAGUGUGUGCGAUGUUAGGACUCUUUUAGAGUUGUACAAAGAUGUUUCCAAGAUGAUGAUGAUGAUGAUAAUUUCUCUUUUGAA